ACUCUUUCUUCGUCAUACAAAGUCGUCUGUUUCUGGAUUUUUAAGAGGGGCCUAGCCGAGAAGUGACUCUGUUUUAAGUACAACAAUAAAUCGAGACUUAAGGAUGGAAUGGAAAACCGGAGGGGGGAGGAGGUGAGGGAACCACCACCCACGUAACGGGCGAAGACAACUUCAUAAUUCACUCAAGAAAAGUCUUUUUUUCUUUUCGUUUUGUUGUUCAGCCCAGUACGCCGGCUUCAAUCUCAAUCUCAGCCUACGGAUGAAUCGCAAAGUACAUAAGUAGGUGGCGGGCUAUAUGGCUAUCCAUGAGAUACUUGGUGCGUAUAGGAAUUGUGCUCAAUUUCCACAGACACACACUGUGACAAUCGGGGGCCUUAUCAACACAGAAGCAUCAUCUUGCACAGCAUGCUUUUAUCUCUCUCUCAGUUUGAGUCGUUUGAGAACAGGCGUUCAGAAGUGGCCAGCAGCUCCAUUCCACUCACAGAAAUCGGGGGCUCUCGGGUUCUCUCGGUUUCUCAACGCUGGGUUCUCGGUUCUGGAUUCACCGUUCUCAUGGGCAAAUGGAUGUUUGUGCGCCUCUUUCUCUCCUCCACUUGCCAGCACUUGCCAAAUACACGGAAGAGCACGGGGCGAGAUGUGCGAAAACUGGAAAUGGAGGAGCCGAGUUGCAGCACACAAAAGCCGCAGGGAAACCCAAACUCACACACGCACACCGAACCAUUUUUAAGCCAAAGGAAGUCCAGGAAUGAAGGAAUCAGGCUGAGAUUCAGGGGACGCCGGAAGGAGAAGGGCAGUGCGCUCUGAGACAAGCGCAAAUGAAUCGAAAUGAGGCGAGCUGCAGUCACAGAAGCAGCAGCUAAAGCAGAAGCUCUCACAGGGAAAACUGCUUUGGCAAAAUCGGGAAAAUAGUAAAGAUAAUUAACUAAAGAAAUGCAUAUCUUCAAUACUUGCAUUAUUUUGUUUAAAAAAGAUUCCAAUAAAAACAUUAUUUUAUACCUAUCAA